AGAAAUAUGCAGACAAUUCUAAUAUUAUCAGAAGAGAAUCAAGUACGGUCAGAAAUUCAUCGUGCAAAAAGUGAUGGUGGACUCACAAUGAGAGGAGUUUGUCAGGGAACUGGGGACAUGUUUGAACGGCUCAAGAAGGUAUUUUAUGGUGAACCUGCUGAAGAUACUGUGCCUGUCGCAAAUGAGUCAGAACAGAGCCAAGAGAAUGAAGAGCAAACAUCGUCUCUACCGUGGGCAUUACGAGUUCAGUGUUUUAUUGGAUGUUUUUUUCUAUCUUUAUUAUGUUCAGCACUAGGAAGUGUCAUGCUUUUUUCACAUAAAAUUAUUGGCUUUGCAGUCAUGAUUUCUGUUGGAAAUAUUAUUUCGAUAUGUGGGACAUUUUUUUUAACUGGUCCCGUAAGACAAUUGAAAAAGAUGUUUGAAAAAGGUCGGUUCAUUGCGACACUAGUUUUUAUUACACUGAUAGCGUUUUCUCUAAUUGCUGCGCUCUUUUUAUCCAGCCCAUUUUUGGCAUUUAUACUUGUUGUUGGCGAGUAUAUCGCCAUGCUUUGGUACUCUAUAUCAUACAUUCCCUAUGCAAGGUAA